ACGACGAAAGCGGGUCAUCACGCACAGCGUAAUGUAUGUCACAACCGCAAACCGCGUCAUAUUGCCGCAGGUGGCCAAGAUCGUUCGCUUGCGACAGUAUCCGCCAGCGACAGGGCAAAAACGCCGAGAGGCAACUAUUUAUCGCUAGUUACAUGCGUCAAACAUUUGCUAAAAAAUGCUUUCGCAUUCCAUUUGAGAUUGUUCUGGCCAGCUUUGCGUAUGCUUUUGGGAAACUGCUGACUGGAACGCCAAUAUAUUUUAUAUAGCCCAUUUUAAGAAGGAGCUUUAGAUCGGGCCAAACUGCGAUGGAGCUAUGCGCUAUGGAGUGCAUUGCAGACGCCUUGCAGACGGACAUACGGACUGCGAUAUUUUCGUGGGAAGUAGUCCUAGAAUGCUUACGCAUUAAAAUGACGGGCGGGCCUGGCGGCCCAUUCUCAGGAUCCGCCUCUGAAUGCACUGGGCGAUAUAAUGAAGGCGCCUUACGGCAAAGUGGUACAGCAGGAGUGUAGCAGCGACCAGUGCGACGAAAUUAAAGGCGACGCGAAAGAGAAAACCGAUUUCAGCUGUGGCAGUAAAUUGCCCUUUCCACAAUACCAAAAAAAGCCACUUUUACCGCGAGAAGACACUUGGUAAAAAGAAGCAAAAAAAAAAAAAAUAUACGGAAAGACGGGCGUCCACGCCAUUUUGAAGUUCCCGCGCCAGCUUGCCAUGGCGUCAUGAAUUUCGACACCGUCUGCUCGGGCCUAGUUACAUUCUUUUAACAGUAAAAGUCGACUACAUCGUAUUCUACAGGAGCCAAGGACUGAACUUCAGAAGUUUCAGGAACCUUUAGUGAACCACAACGGCCUAAAUGCGAAAAAUGCUUUAAAAUCUGUGACGUCACGCUGACGUACCAGGCAUAAGGUUUUGCCGCGAAAUUCAAGUAAGUAGACUUGACCGUCAAUUUUUUCUUCUAACGGUCAACCUAUUACCGGGAAAGCAACGAAAGUACACUUCUUCAAGAUUGCGUACUUUGUCAAUCUAAAUUAAUUCAGUGUUUGUCCUAAUGUCUCUUUCAAGCACCUUAUCAAAAAAAAAAAAAAAGAAUUGUGCGACGGAGGGCUUUCCUGCGUGGAUAACAAAAAAAAAAAAACGUCCUUAUUGCACAGAAUAUCACUUGUGUGUGAAUCUGCGCAGCACCGGUGAUGUCUACGCUGAGCCGCGUAUUGCCUUUGCGUUCGCUCUCCGUCGCUGGCGCCAUCCUAGUAGGAGCGAGCCAAGUGAUCUGCUUCCUCCUGGGCAGCCUCGCCACCAUGGUUCCCGUGAUCGGACUCUUGUGCGGCCUGGGAUCGGCUCUGUCCACGGUGGUCGACGAGAUGGCGCUGCACCUCCACUUCGAGAAGCAGCGGCACAAGGCGCUGGCCCUCUACGCGGCGGCCUUCUCCCUGUCGGCCAUUGUCUACCCGCCGCUCUUCCUGACCCUGGUGGAGACCUACGGACUCAACGGAGCGCUUCUCGUUUCCGGCGCGCUCUCGCUCAACGGUCUCGCGGGAUCGGUGGUUAUCACCAGGCCCGUGUGGUUACCGCCGGACAUUCCGCUGCCACCGUUGUAUCGGCGAGCAUCGGAUAUCGUUGCACAGGUGGAGUCACCGCCGCCAGCGCCACCUUUGAGGAAGGACGCGAAAGGAGACGCAGCUGGAAUCUCGAAGGACGCGCUCGCUGGCGGCAUGCCGGACUCGAGCAAGGUGCCGGAUCCGGCCGGCGAGCACGGCGACCCCGCCUCCAGGGCGCUGGCUGGCGUGCCAUCGGGCGCAACCUCUGGGGCGACCUCAGUCGCGACCUCAGGUGCGACGUCAGGCGUGACGUCAGGAGCGACCUCGGGGAUUGUGUCCGUCGACGGCAUCGCGUCACCUCCGUCGGCUGUGCGCGUCGCCGCGCUCUUCCGCCCCGCCUUGAGAGGAGCGGCGAGCGGCAUGGCCACACCGGGAGUCACGGAGGCCGGGGACACUUGCGGCAAGUCGAGCGUCGCCAUGGUGGCCCUGGCCGAGCGGCAGGGCGCCACGAUCGGUGACCCCGUUCGCAGCAAGGAGGCAGCGCCGACGGCGACAGCCGCCGGGACAGACAACUCAAUUGGCAUCGUUCUGGUCUUCUACUGCGCCCUUACGUCGCUGUCGGUGACUGCCGGGGCAGUGGUCUACGACUAUGCCAUGGCCGGUGACCGCCGCAGGUCCCUGUCGGCCAUUGUCGCUCUGGUCUCUCUGGGCGUGGGAGACCUGCUCGGACGCGUCGGCUACGAGAUCCUACUCGCGACCGGGGAACAUCGCAAGGUUAUGGCUGUGCAGGCGUUCCUGCAGGGAGGCGUGCUUUUCCUCAUGGCGCUCGCCGAGGAGAUCUUCCUGCUGGUGCCGGUCAGCUUCGCCCUCGGCUGGCUGAGCAGCACGUUGGACAUGCUGCCCGUCCCUGUGCUGCAGCGCUUCGUGGAGCCGGACAUCGUGGACAAACAGCUGGGUCUGUGCCGAGGAGCGUCAGGCGUCGCUUGCCUGCUCGGGCCGGUGCUAGUCAUGGUCUUCCGCGACAGCGGAUCCAUGUCGUACUCGACGGUGUUCGUGGUGUCCGGCUUCAUGUCGCUGCUGGCCGGCGCACUCUGGCUGCCGGGCCUCAAGAAAGAGUUGGACGAGGCCCGGGCGAAAGCGGCCGCCGCGGUCGCGUCUCCUCCACCCCGGGGAAUCGACGUAAGCACACUUGCGCCGGCAUUUGGUCCCGCAGCGCGGACCCAAGGCUCAAGUCGUGUGUCAAAUGUCACGUACGGUUAUAUACUCGCGGACAGCGUAAAAGUUCGUUCCGGUACAUUCCAGAAAAGCCCGCUGCACGUGUGCUCCUCCAGUCACGGACUACUUUCCGCGGCAAUGAAAAUAAACGCAGUAGUAUCCGGGGAAGUGGCUGUCGAUCACCCGGAACCAGAAGUGCACGAACCGGAUGCCGAGCACGCCGGUGACGCAGAGCACCACGCCCACGAAGCCGGACUGGCUCUGUCCGACGAAGCCGAAGCCAAGGUGCCUCCUCCUGGUUCUCAACCUGGCGGGGCCCGCCCAGGGGGGCUCUAG